GCUCUCGCGGGACUCGGCGCGCGGGGCUGGCCCGGGCCCCUCAGGCGGGCCCGCGCUCCCUCACGGCCGCAGCCGCCCGGGAACGCGCUCGGGAGCUGAGCCUGUCCUGACGGCGGCGUGCCCAGCCCCGCUCCGGCCCGCGGCUCCGGGAUCGCCUUCGCUUGAGGAGCCGGGAAAGGGGAAUCCUCCUCCGGAGCGCCUUUGGAAGCGGGAAGGGAAAAAGGCUUCUUUGUGGCAAUGCUAGAUCCUUUGGAAAACAACUUGUUUGAUCUUCCUGAUUAUGAGAACACAGAAGACGAAACAUUCCCACCUCUUCCACCUCCUGCCUCUCCAGGAAGAGACGAUGCAGAAUGGGCUCAGGCUAAUGGAGAUCCAGAUGGAAACCAGCAGUCCCAAACAAAGGAUUCUGCUGUAACCACACAGAAAGCAGUUAAAAGACCGUGGCCUAGAUUAGAUGCCCAGAGGUUAAUUUCAGAAAGAGGGCUCCCAGCUCUGAGACACAUGUUUGACAACGUGAAAUUCAAGGGUAAAGGGCAUGAGGCAGAGGACCUGAAGACACUGAUACAACACAUGGAGCACUGGGCUCACAGGCUGUUCCCAAAACUGCAGUUUGAGGAUUUUAUUGACAGAGUGGAGUCUUUGGGAAACAAAAAGGAAGUUCAGACCUGCCUCAAGCGGAUUAGACUUGAUCUUCCUAUUUUACAUGAAGACUACAAAAAUAACGAAGCAGAAGAAGGGGAAAGCAAUGGGCUGGAUGCAGCUGCUGAAGAUGCACAUUCCCACGCUGGCAGUGCAGAAGACCUGAAUUCCCUGCCUGGUGCCAGUCUGACGGAGGAGCAGCAGGAGCGGAUGAAGAAGAACCGGCAGCUGGCCCUGGAGCGGAGGCAGGCACGGCUGCAGGGCCUCAGCCAGUCCCAGCACCAGGAGCUCCCCAGUAGUUACUCAGAAGAGGAGUUUGGCUGCCCAGUUGCUCAGGAUCCCACUGACCUUACUGAAGACACUCAGGUUCCUGCAGCCAAGGAUGCUCCCACAGAAGAUGGAGAUGAUGAAUUGGAAUGUGCCAGGGAAGAGCAGUAACUUCACACUGUGAAUGCCUUUCUUGACCAAAAGACCCCCCUUCUCUAAGUACUGUCAUUCUACUGAAACGUUGCUGCAUCUUGGCACUCGAGAAGCUUAAGGGAAAUCCUCCCCAUGGCGUCAUUGAAGGACAGAAAUCUUCCCUGAAAGCUGCAGAGGAGCAGCUCCAUGCACCAGGAAACAGAACAAGAUUCUUCAGCUGCACUUGAACAAUCUUUUCCACCUCCCAAAACGUUUUUUAGGAAAUGAGCCUUUGGAUCUACUUUGAAUAUAGGUUAUAAUUUAUGUUAAACGGAAUUAACUGGGAUGUUGACUGAUGAAGUUGCUAUUAAAGCUGUGUUGUUUGGGGUUUUUUUAACAGGUCUUUUAA